AUGUGUGUUGAUUAUAGGCUGGUUAACCAGUUGAUCAAGCUAUCGCGAUACCCUCUACCUCUGAUUGACGACUUGCUGACUGACUCUAACGCUGCGGCAUGGUUCAUGAGUUUGGAUAUGGCGAGUGGUUUCUGGGCGAUUCAGAUGACAGAACGGGCGAAAUUGAUUUCGGCCUUUGUCUGCACAUUCGGACAUUUCCAGUGGAUCCGGAUGCCUUUUGGACUCAAGAACGCGCCGCUAGUGUACCAGAUUGUGAUCAACAACUGUCUAUGGGGAUUCGUGCGGCUCCCACCUGAGGAGGAGGCUAAGGUCGACCGAGAUGUCCUGGAAUUUCUGGAGUUGAGUGUCCCAGACACAGGACCGACGAUUGAAAACCCUCAAAGCGAACGUGGUUUCAGACUCCCCGAGUUGAUGAAGGAGGCGACUGCAUUCAGGCGAAACAUUCCGACCCCAACGCAGAUGGGACCAGUCCUGGGGCGAAGCUCUUACAUAGACGGCACAGCUCAUGGGGCACCUACCUGGGACAAACUCUGUGAAGACCUGAAUGCCCUGCUAUUCCGACUUCGAUACUGA